AGGUGCUGAUAUCAAAAUGUCAAACUAGUCAAAAACCUCACCGAAACAGAAAAAUGAAUUACGCAGUAGCAAAUUCCGAAGGGGUCUUCAUACGAGAAGAAUCUUUUGAAGACGACGAUAGUCUUAUCGAUGAAUAUGAUUAUCACGUAGGCCAGAAAAGAAGACUGUUCGAAUCGCCGAGAGGAAACCGCAGCAAAAGAAGAAAUAGCAACAACAACGAACAUGGUGAUAUUGAAGAUAUUUUUUAUCCGAGAGAUAUUUUAUCCAAGAUUAAAGGCGAUAUAGAUGAGAACAGAGGCACAAAUGCUGAUUCUGACCUGGUUAAAAAGUGCUCUAAGUUGGACGAUAAAGAGUGGAGAAAAAUGAUCUUAGAUGUAGCAGAACUUGUGUAUUGUAACCAGGAAAUGUUAGACUUUGAAUUACGUACAUUUAGAACACAGCUGAUGCCACAAACUUACUUGAGAAAGAACUUGCUACAAAAAAAGGCCGAAUUUUGUUUAAGGAAAUUAAAGUCAACGAAAGAUGAUGAGGAAAUAAGUGAAAAGCUCAUUUUUGAAUUUAAAAGAUUCGCUCUUGAAACUAUUGUUAAUAUCAUUUUGUUCGGAGUUGCAAGAGAUUCCGAUAAGCCUGAUGGAAAAUAUCAUCCACUACUUAUGGUUACUAAGACGCAAUGGUUGUUUUUAAAGUUGAUGUUCAGACUGGAAGAAGAAGGAAUGUCGAAUAUACUUCAGUUGUAUCUACAGAAAGCAGAAAAUUUGUUAUACAGUAGGUGCAGUUUAAGCAAGGUGGAACCAGUGACGCGACUCUACGUAGCGGUAUGUAAGAUCAAAGGAGACGUGAAUAGAGUAAGAAAGUUUUGCUGUGAGGCAUUUUACCAUACGGAAGAUUUAGCUGUGACUCUGUUCUACGCAGUGUUGACUUCUUGGGUGGAAAUAUUUCCGAUGCAAGACGACAUGAAAUGUUACCCUAUUGCUGAGGUCAUUGUUCAGCUUGUCCAUUUAAAAACAAUAAAAAAACCUCAGUACAAGUUACACGCAUUGAAGCUGCUCUUGAACCAAUACUAUGGAUAUCCCAAGGAAAGAGCUGACCGCGAUGAGUUUCUCAAGGAUCUAGUUCAGAAAUAUUUAAGUAAUCCAACAAAAUUGGCAAAUUUCGCAAUAAGACUAUACUGCAAAUACACAGGAGCAGACUGGUUGAAAGAGAAGAUCAAUGACGUUUUAAAGCCCAUGGUUUAUCAGGUUCCCGUUGGGGAGAAUCACUUUAAAGCAAACGUAAUUUCUUUGUUGGCAAACGUUUGUCAGCAUUUGCAUUUGGGUAGUAGAGACAAAUACAUGUCGGAGUUGAGGACAUGGUUUUGCAGUUUGAGUGCAGGAAAUCCUCCCAAAACAAUAAAACAAAGUGUACAGUACGCGUUAAACAUGUUACAGAAGAAACAAGCGAAAAGUGAAAUAAGAGCAAAACGAAGAAAUGACGCCAGUUUACGUGAUAGAUAAUAUUGUUUCUCAAGAUGAAGUUGUUGAAAAUGUGUUAUGUAAUUUUAAAAGUCAUGUUUAUCAGAGAAACUUAUUGAUAAU